AUGACAUCAAAUAAUCAAUAUGAUCCAGGAAAUGAUGCGAUUAAUACAGUUAUCAUUGGAAUACUCCCAGCGUUAGUAAUUGUGCUCUUCAAGGGUUUUAAAAAUGAAAAAAGAAACCCAUCUUCUUUUAUAAACGGAUUUGAUGAUUUUAUUAUAAUGGUUUCCAUUACUAUAAACCCAUCAUUUAGUGCAUUUCAAUGGUUAUCAUACGAUAAUAAGACAGUCAUAAAUAUGAUAUUUGGAUACAUAUCCUUGAUAUCAUUUUGUUUAAGAUCUCAACAUCGAUUUUUUUCUCUUCUUAAUGUAAAAGAAGCAACAUAUUUUAUGAUAAGUUUUGUUUAUUUAUUAGUCGCCUUAAUGUCCUUGGUUCUAAUGUUUGGAUAUAGCAUAUUGGUAAUUGGGAAUGAUAUGGAUUCUGUUAAUAUAAUAUCUUUUAAUUAUAUUGGUAAAUUAUGUGCAAACAAUUUCGGAACAGAUAAAUGUCAAAUGCUGAAUAUAUUAAAUUAUUCAGUAAAUUGUACAUGUUUUGGAAUAAAUUUUUUAUUUUUCAUAUAUUAUUUUUGUUCUAAUCGGAAAAUGAUGAAAAAGAUAGAAGAAAUGAACAAAAAGGAAAAAUUUGGGUGGAAAACUUUAAUUAAUCUCGUUAAAAAAUUAAUUAAAUUCUUGAAAGAUACAAUUUUUAAUUGUUUUAAAAAAAACAAGAAUGAUGAUCAAAGAAAAGAAGAGUUUCCAUGGAAAAAAUUAGAUUAUCUUAUCUCUGUUAUGAAUAAUAAGACAAUGAAUCGAUUGGAAGGGUUAAUUUUUUUCUUGAAUCGUGUUAUUUCUCUUACACUAGUUAUUUAUCCAGCUAUUUUAUCGGGAUAUUUACUUAGCACUAAUGUUACUCUUACCAAAAUAUUUUUUGCAAUUUGUAUUAUAUCUUUAAGCAGAUUAAUUGAACAUUUUGGUGAUAAUGAACCUGAAAAAAUUACAACGAUAAUUUCUUACUAUUUGAAUUAUAACUCUAAUAUGCAUAUAAGAAAAUUGAUAUAUGAUCAAUUAGAAGAUCAGAAAAAGCAAUUAGAAAAAAUAGUGGAUCAAGUUGGGUUCAAAAGCAAAGAAGUAAUCAAUAGUGUAAAAAAUUCUCUAGAAAAUCAAAUAAAGGUGAUAUCAGAACGAAAGGUUGAAAUUAAUGAAAUUAAAGACGUAGUCAAAGCAUUAUCUCGUCAGAUUAAAAUACUCCAGGAAGAAAUUAAAAAAUUACAAGGAGAAAUUAGGGAAUUACAGGAAAACCAACAAGAACCGCAAGAAGAACUAAAAUUUGUGGCAACACUAGAAGAGAUUGUAAAAAGACUAGAAACGAUUGUAGAAGCACUAAAAGAGAUUGUAAAAAGACUAGAAUUGAUUGUAAAAAUGAUUGUAGAAGCACAAGAAAAGAAAAAAUGCAAAAUUACUACAAAUAAUAUGAAUGGUAACGCAAAUAGCCUGCCAAUUUCGAUUAAUUAG